AUGAUCCAGCUGCCUCGAGGUGUUCGUCGAAUACAUAUCGCCCUUGUCUCCUGGCUGCUUAUUGCAGUUUGGAUUUGGCUCGCAUUUGAUCAGCUAUACUAUUUUCUUGAUCGCACUCCUUGGAACAUAUUCUCAAGCGAACCUCACUCUUUCCUACGAAAUCCGACUACUAGCGAUGCCUUCGACUUUGCGCCGAUCGAAUCCGAGGCAAUCAAGAGCAUCUGCGCGGAUACAGAAUGGAAGGAAAACAUCGUGUUCACCUGCAACGACAGUGUGGGAGGCAUUGGCAACAUCCGCAACUCGAUCUUGAAUUGCGUUCGCUACUCCAUUUUGGCAGGAGGUUCCCUCGUGGAGCCCAAGAUCGUGCUCCGCAACGAGUCAGACACUGCAGCAAUACGCACAGGGAUAGGGGCUGAGUUCGAAUAUAUGUUUGAUCGGCAGCACUUUCGCGAGUCCCUCAUGCUCUCCUGCCCGGGCUUCGUCUAUACGAUACAGUUGAGGAUAUCAAAGGGAAGACAUUCCACGAGCCGAUAG